AUGGCUAACAAUUUCUUUCCGAGUGGGGAAAUCCUUUAUAUGAGGACUCCAGAUUUAGGUCUUCUCAGAUGGGUUGAUGCCAGUGAAGCUGCAAACCUUCUUGAACAGAUACAUGCUGGAGUUUGUGGUACUCAUAUGAAUGAACUCACUUUGGCGAGGAAGAUCUUCCGCGCUGGUUAUUUUUGGAUGACUAUGGAGCAUGAUUGUUGCAAGUUCGUGCAGAAAUGUCACAAGUAUCAAAUGCAUGGUGAUUUGAUUCGAGUGUUGCCUCAUGAACUCAAUCCCAUGAGUUCACCUUGGCCAUUCGUAGCUUGGGCAUGGAUCUCAUUGUGGGUGGAAGCAGUUUCGUAUAAGUCGGUGACAAAGAAAGUUGUAGCCGAUUUUGUUCGCAACAAUUUGAUAUGUAGGUUUGGAGUGCCAGAAUCCAUCAUCACUGAUAAUGGAGCGAAUCUCCACAGUCACUUGAUGAGAGAAAUAUGCGAACAAUUCAAGAUUACUCACCGGAACUCAACCGCCUACCGUUCCCAAAUGAAUGGAGCUGUAAAGGCCACUAAAAAGAACAUUAAGAAGAUUCUGAGGAAAAUGAUUGACAAUCACAGAAGUUGGCAUGGGAUGUUGUCAUAUGCUUUAUUGGGUUACAGAACGACCAUCAGAACGUCAAUCAGAGCUACUUCAUACUUGUUAGUAUAUGGAACAGAAGAAGUUAUACCUGCCGAAGUUCAAAUACCUUCAUUGAGAAUCAUCCAAGAAGCUAAAUUGAGCAAUGUUGAUUGGGUUCGCAAUCGAAUUGACCAGUUAACAUUGAUUGAUGAUAAGAGAAUGGUUGUUGAUGAGUACAAAGGGAAAUUCGCACCAAAUUGGCAAGGACCCUACAUGGUCCGCAAAGUGCUAUCUGGAGGUGCCUUAGUCCUGUCAGAGAUAGAUGGCACCGAAUGGCCAAAAAUGAUCAAUUCAGAUGUUGUCAAGAGAUAUUAUGUCUACAAGUUUGCCUCAAGAUCAUCAUCUUCCUCCAUUCAACGAACAUGGAGAAGUCAAAAAGGCGAGGAGCUCCCCGAAAUUGACAAUUUUUCUGUGGAUGGAGUAACAGUUUUAUGCUUCUAA